UAUCGGAUAAGGGUUUGAUAUAUCUGGUAUAUAUAAAGAAAUCUACAACUCAACGGUAAAAAGACAACCCAGUUAUAAAAGGGGCGGCACCGGCAGUCCGCGGGAAACCAAAAUGGCGAAGGGCUGUAGUGAAGUGGGGUGUGUUUGAGGCCGGUGUAAGAACGCCCACUCUACCCCCAGCCCUUAUCCCCACAAGGACCUUGGCUUGUGCAUUCGUAUGUGAGGGGUGCUCUGUGGGGUGGGUGCCCAGUAAGUGCUCGGACUCACAAGAGAAGCGCCCAGGGGGACGUGAUUGGUUGUUUUUUCCUGUAUGAAGCGUUUGGUACCACUGAAGUGACCGAAUGAGAGACUCCACAGGGGCAGGUGAUUCACUGGUCCACAAGCGGUCUCCUUUACGUCGAAACCAAAAGACCCCAACAUCCUUGACCAAGCUGUCUUUACAGGAUGGACAUAAAGCCAAAAAGCUAGCAUGUAAAUUUGAAGAGGGUCAGGAUGUCCUAGCUAGAUGGUCAGAUGGCUUGUUUUAUCUUGGAACUAUCAAAAAGAUAAACAUAUUGAAACACUGCUUCAUCAUAUUUGAAGAUAGUUAUAAAUCCUGGGUUCUCUGGAAGGACAUUCAAACAGGAGCCACUGGGAGUGGGGAAAUGGUCUGUACAAUAUGUCAAGAAGAGUAUUCAGAAGCUCCCAAUGAAAUGGUUAUAUGUGAUAAGUGUGGCCAAGGAUACCAUCAGUUGUGUCACACACCUCAUAUUGAUUCCAGUGUGAUUGAUUCAGAUGAAAAAUGGCUCUGUCGACAGUGUGUUUUUGCAACAACAACAAAGAGGGGUGGUGCACUUAAGAAAGGACCAAAUGCCAAAGCAUUGCAAGUCAUGAAGCAGACAUUACCCUAUAGUGUGGCAGACCUCGAAUGGGAUGCUGGUCAUAAAACCAGUGUCCAGCAGUGUUACUGCUAUUGCGGAGGGCCUGGAGAUUGGUAUUUAAAGAUGCUGCAGUGCUGUAAAUGUAAACAGUGGUUUCAUGAGGCUUGUGUGCAAUGCCUUCAAAAGCCAAUGCUAUUUGAAGACAGGUUUUAUACAUUUAUUUGCUCUGUCUGCAGUUCUGGACCAGAAUACCUCAAAUGUCUACCAUUACAGUGGGUAGAUAUAGCACACCUAUGCCUUUACAACCUAAGUGUUAUUCACAAGAAGAAAUACUUUGAUUCUGAACUUGAGCUUAUGACAUACAUUAAUGAAAACUGGGAUAGAUUGCACCCUGGAGAGCUGGCAGACACACCAAAAUCUGAAAGAUAUGAGCAUGUUCUGGAGGCAUUAAAUGAUUACAAGACCAUGUUUAUGUCUGGGAAAGAAAUAAAGAAGAAGAAGCAUUUGUUUGGGUUGCGAAUUCGUGUUCCUCCUGUGCCACCAAAUGUGGCUUUCAAAGCAGAGAAAGAACCUGAAGGAACAUCCCAUGAAUUUAAAAUUAAAGGCAGAAAGGCAUCCAAACCUAUAUCUGAUUCAAGGGAAGUAAGCAAUGGCAUAGAAAAAAAAGGAAAGAAAAAAUCUGUAGGUCGUCCACCUGGCCCAUACACAAGAAAAAUGAUUCAAAAAACUGCUGAGCCACCUUUGGAUAAGGAAUCAAUUUCAGAGAAUCCUACCUUGGAUUUACCUUGUUCUGUAGGGAGAACUGAGGGAACUACACAUUCAUCCAAUACCUCAGGUGUGGAUUUCACGGGUGCUUCCAGUACAAAAGAAACUACCUCAUCUAGCAUUUCCAGGCAUUUUGGAUUAUCUGACUCCAGAAAAAGAACUCGUACAGGAAGAUCUUGGCCUGCUGCAAUACCACAUUUGUGGAGAAGAGGUCGUCUUCCAAGAAGAGCACUCCAGACACAGAAUUCAGAAAUUGUCAAAGAUGAUGAAGGCAAAGAAGAUUAUCAAUUUGAUGAACUCAACACAGAGAUUCUGAAUAACUUAGCAGAUCAGGAGUUACAACUCAAUCAUUUAAAAAACUCUAUUACCAGUUACUUUGGUGCUGCAGGUAGAAUAGCAUGUGGCAAAAAAUACCGAGUUUUGGCUCGUCGGGUGACACUUGAUGGAAAGGUGCAGUAUCUUGUGGAAUGGGAAGGAGCAACUGCAUCCUGACUGUAGGACUGAACAUUAUGUUCACUGCACUCUGAUUUUCUAUAGGUACAUUUUGAACCCUAAAGGAGUCUGGCUUUUACUAUCUUUCUUAAAAAAAAAAAAAGUCAAAAAAAUUCACAAAAGGAGAUGAUACUAGCCUUAACAUGUACCUGUCAAUGUUACGGAUAUUGUCAUAAAAAGAUAUCUUUUAAAAAUCAGAACAGAGACUUAAUUUUUUAAAUCUUGAGAUUUGUAGAAUGUUUCUAGGAUAGAAUAUUAAAAAUGAUUCAAACCCAUGCAUGGUGUUAGAUAAUUUUUCUAAUUAUUCCAUUGAGUCAGUUUUUGUGAUUAAUGGUUAUUAGAGCAAACAGAUCAUGUAGAUAGCACAAGUGUUUGGAGAAACAUUGUCUGUUUUGUUACCAAAAUGUUGGAAAAAAUUUAUUUCAAUAUCUUUUAUAUUUCAUAAAGUGCAGUGUAUAUAAUGCCUACUGAAAGACUGUAAAAUAUUGAAAUUUUCUUUCAAAGUGUAAAAAAUAUAUUGAGCCUGUAAAUUGCUCUGUGACUAGACUUCAUUGUCGUCUUAAUAUAUUCUUUGCAUGUGCAUAUAUAUACACAUCUGUGUA